AUGGAGUCCAGUCGAAGGGCCCCAAAACGGCAACGAUGUGCGAGGUCAUGCCCCGGUAACAAGAUUGACCUUCAAUUCGUCAACGCCAAACCGGAUGAUCAGAACCAAAGGAAGGAAACAAAGGCAAUUGUUCGAGCAAAUGCUGCCCACUUUCAUUGGCGUCACAAUCGGCCUCCCCAAGAUGAAGCCAAACUUAAGCCGUCGAAGCGUGGUACCGUCUCUCGUCAAGUAAAGAGUAUCUCACGUCCCUUAUGGCCGAUGAACAGCACCCAACUCGAGGCCGGUGCUAGCCCUUUCUCGACGUAUAACUGUAACUUCCCUACGUCCUUCAUUUACCAUUGCGUCGCAUUUAAUGCCGAAGUUAUUCUUCCCGCUCUAUUCCCUGACGGCGCCAACAAUCACAACAUUAGAGCGAGCCUGAUACAGAUGUCAAUGUCAAACCCCCAUGUGUUGCAUAUGUUCAUGACGGGAGCUUUGGCCAAUUUGCAAGGAACUCCUGGGACUACUCAUUCUCAUCGGAUUGCCCUCGACAUGUUUCGAUCCCGCGCCGAGAUUGUAAGAAGAUUGAACAUUGCUAUCAAAGAUCCGGCAGAAGCUUGCAAGGACACCAAUAUCUUCGCUGUUGUUGCACUGGCAAAGACUGGGACGGUUCAAAAAGUGGAAGUGCCACGCAUGACGCCAAAGCAAGGUCCUUUGAAGAGUCUGCAGUUAUUAAACUUAUUGGCAUUGUCGGAGAUCGACCCAGUUCAUUUAGAUGGACUCUUAAAAUUGAUCGAGCUAAAAGGUGGAUUGGAAAAGAUUGAAAUCCCAGGGCUCGCCGCUCUCAUCUCACUAGGGGGGCUUCUAGUCGGUACUCGAGGUUGCACUGCACCACGAUUCCCAGUGGUGACGCUGUCGUGCCCGACGAGAGAGUUUAUAUUUCAGGGUCACGGAAUAGGCUUCGGCACAGACCAGGAUCUUUAUAUGGAAUACGACGCAGCAUGCUUUGCUCUCACUUCCGCCGAGGGUGGGCAGGUUUGA